UAAACGUCCAUCUUCGAGGUUUAUAAAUCGAUUUAGAAUCACAAUUUCUAAAAGCAUAGUCCUAUCCGCAUUGGAGGAAUGACUUAUAAGAUGUCGAACGAAAGGCACAAUAUUACACUCACAAUGCGGUUACGAUCCAUCCUCUCUCACGUAGCCUCCUUAUUGGGACGCACCGCCAUGAAUAUUGUUACUCUUCCCUACUAUCGGUCCUUUCGUCUGAAUACGCUCCAACCAAUCCUUACCAUAGCGGACAGUGCAAGGAUCAGGAAUAAUGAUGCUGAGGUUGCCGAGUUGCUGUCAAGCUGGAAAGAUCGCAAACAAAACGAACUCUAUUCAGUUCUGAUGGCUGCUACGCUGCUCUCUGCAGCUGUUGUAGGAUGCUGCUCUUGGGAGGCUCGCCAGGGUGAACACUGGAUAGUCCCCGCGGCAUGGCAUAGCUCGCUGGUUCUGUCCUUUUUCGCAAUCUUGCUCUCGGGAUCGGAGUCUUUCGUUUUCGCCUCACUUGCCUACAAGACGCGGCCGUUUGUCUUCGAGCGCGACCUCUCGAUAAUCUGCCACGUUGUUAGGAACAGCGGCUCACUACAAUCGGAGAACGCGCUCGUGCACACCCCAGGUAGCAUCUCCAGCAUCUCCAGCAUCUCCAGCAGCUCGGGGGGAUGGGUAGAUCGUGACUUGGAGGAAGGGAGAAAGCAGCUGCCAAGGAGCAGAACAUCGUAUUUCCCCGAUAUGGAUGCUGUCGAUGAAGAUGUCGAGAUCCGCAUACGGUGGAAUAUGGUGUUCACGUGGCAAGCGCCCAUCAUGCUUUUUGUAUAUGCUGCCAUUGCGUUCAUCGUGGGCUUAACGGCGUAUGUCUGCGUACCCCUAUAUAGCGAGGGCCCGUAUAGAAGAGAACCGGCCAUAGUCUUCCUUGCUGAUCUAGGGAUGGGUGGGAUAUGUUUCAUCUGGUGCUCCUUUUGGGAAUUUAAGUUUAUGGGUCUAGAUGAUUUAUGA